GCAUAGCCAACAGAAUGAGACCGUGUCUCAAAGAAAAAAAAAAGAAAAAGAAAAAGGAAAAAUAGGUAAAGAACAGGUAAUGAAAACUUAAAAGUACUUUACUUUAAUCAAAUAUACCUUCCACCAUCUACUCUAAGAAAUAAGUAGCUUCCAGAAAACAAAGCUCUCUGAGAGUUUCUCAAAUACUGUUGUUGGAUGACAUGUAUAGGAAGACAGACAGACAGAUAGACUACUAUGGGAAGUCUUUGGAAUUAUGGCAGCUUUAUGUGCCUGGCAAAAAUACUAGGCUUAUGUCUAAUUUCUCCCCGAAGGAAACACUAAGAUAAUGCAAGAGGGUUGGGGGAUCACAUUUCUGAAUGAAGGCCUGACCUUCAGCUCCCUUUAGAAAAGUUAACAAACCCUACAGUUUAACACCAACUAGAGUUAAAAAAAUGUAUGUGGGUUCAAUCGGUAACAAAUAGUGUUUCCUGCUAAGAUUCUCAGAACCAAAUUUUCAGGUCAGUUUUUAAAGUAUACAGUAUCAAAACCAGUAAUUUUAGGCACUAAUUUUACUCCAUGAUUUCACCUUUUUCCCCCUACCAUUAUUUAGCCUUCCCCAUGAUUUUGUUACCUAACGGUUUUAAUAUAUGUGUGAUCUUGGAUUACUUUCUAAAUAUUUCACCUAAAAAACAUUUUGGAACAAGAGAGGAUAUAAAGAAAUCAUAAAUAUGUAAAAUAUCUAUGAACAGUGGCAUAAAUACCUAUGAAUGGUGGCAUAUUAUUUUCUCCAAGAGUGACAUCAUCAACAAUUUUUGAAAAAUAAUUUAUUGAAAGGUACAGCUAUCAAUAAUCUGACAAAAGCUUUAUGGGAAGAAGCGUGAAAGUGUAACCUGUUCAAUGACAUUUGAAAUAUUCAUAAUCUCUCUAGUAGAGAAAACAGUCAAAGGUCACUUCUUUAUUAUUUGCUUACUUUCCCAACCAAAUGUUCAGGCCCAGUUCUCCAUCUCCCACAUUCUUAUAUGAGAACCUGACUUUAUGUUUUUACAUAUAAUGGUAUGCAGUUCUUGCAUAAAUCAAAUAAUCCAUCUAAUUCACCACUCGUUCUCAUCAUCUAGUUUAUGACAUAUCACCCAGAGAGUAAGGACUGUGACUGUGUCUGUAAAACUGUGAAAGGUUCAAGUUGAUGAAGGAAGUCAGGGAGACCCCAGGAAAAGGGUACUGGUGGGAUGGGGCGAGAUGGGGGAUGAGAGUCAUGGGUAUGAGGCCUCAGUAGCCAGGGCACACUAGCAGCAGGAUAAUCAGGGACCCCUGCUUUAUGUUAAAUAGUGUGGGUGUAACAAAAGGGAACAUACUUUCAUAGGGUGGAGUAGAUGUGACUCAGCAAAUGGAUACAAGAAAGUGACUUAGAUUAGAACGGUCACUAGACGAGGGUGUAGUCAUCUUUUAGAUAACUCUAAAACCAGUAUGAAUCAACACUGAGUCGGAUGCAGAAGUCAAAAGUUCAUAAUCUGAGGCUGCAAUAAUAAACACCUAGCAAAACUUUAGGACCUCACAUACCAUUGAAUUCACAAUUAUCCUUGGUUCAUAACACACCAUCAUCUUUUUUAUGCAAAUGUCUCUUUUAUUUUAUUCAUCCGUUUAUUUAUUUUCUAAUGUAUUUUGGAGGCAUUAUUGGCUUUUUAAAUACGGCAUAACUUAUAUACAAUGAACAAACUUAAGGGUAAGCCUCUAUGAAAUUUUUAUAUGUACUUACCUGUGCAACCACUACCCAUAUCAAGAUAUAAAAUAUUUCCAUCACCCCAGAAGUUUUCCUUGUGUUCCUUCCCAGAAAAUAUCUACCCCCAACAUCAUUCUGACUUCUAUGACAGAUUACUUUUGCCUAUUCUUAAACUAUAUAAGUAGAAUUCUACAAUAUGUUUUCUGUUGUAACUGGCUUAUUUCACACAGUAUGAUGUGAGAUUCUUUCAUGUUGUUGCCUGUAUCAGUACUUUAAUCGUUUUCAUGAGAAUUGCAGAUCCAAAGGGUAAGUAUAUAUUUAACUUCACAAAAACUGACAGCUUCUUAAAGUGGCUGAAACAAUGUACAUUCCAACAGGCAAUGUAUGAGAGCUCCAUUGACUCCACAUCUUCACCAACAUUUGGCGUUACCAGUCUUUCAUUUUAGCCAUUCUGUGGGUGAGUAGGUGGCCUUUUGUGAUCUCCUACAUCCUGAAACUGAGACUCCUUUGGUUUCUUCUAGAGUCAGUUUGCAUUCUCCACUGACUGUUCAAUUUUGAGAACCAGAGUUGAGGUCUGUUUAAAGAGGCUCGGCAGAUGGAAGAAGUCAUGGGUCAAUGACAUACACUUGCUCUAAUCAGAGAAAUGCAGAGGGAUUAGUAUGCCUGGCCACAGAUAAAGGUCAUUAGCCUGGUAUCAGAAUGGCAAAGCAACUGAACCUUCCACAAAAUACAGAUGAUUGGACCAAAGAGGAUGUAAAUCGGUGGUUAGAAAGUCACAAGAUUGACCAAAAACACAGGGAAAUUUUGACUGGACAAGAUGUGAAUGGAGCAGUCUUGAAGUGGUUAAAAAAAGAACAUCUUGUUGAUAUGGGCAUCACACAUGGACCAGCUAUUCAAAUAGAAGAACUAUUCAAAGAAUUGCAGAAAACAGCCAUUGAAGAUUCAAUUCAGACAUCUAAGAUGAGAAAGCCCAGUAAAAAUGCUCCUAAAGACCAAACCGUGUCUCAAAAGGAAAGUAGAGAAACUUCAAAGCAAAAACAAAAGGAUAAAGAGAACCCAGAUAUGGCUAAUCCAUCUACAAUGAGUACAAUUGCUAAAGUUUCUGAGUCACUAAAAGUUGAGCUCAUAGAAGAUAAAAUAGAUUAUACAAAGGAAAGGCAACCAUCCAUAGACCUGACAUGUGUAUCAUACCCAUUUGAUGAAUUCAGUAAUCCAUAUCGUUACAAGUUGGAUUUUAUUCUACAGCCUGAAACAGGACCAGGCAAUCUCAUUGAUCCAAUACAUGAAUUCAAAGCCUUCACAAAUACAGAAACAGCCACAGAAGAGGAUGUUAAGAUGAAAUUUAGCAAUGAGGUUUUCCGAUUUGCUUCAGCUUGUAUGAAUUCACGUACCAAUGGCACUAUUCAUUUUGGAGUCAAAGACAAACCCCAUGGGAAAAUUGUUGGCGUCAAAGUCACCAGUGAUACCAAGGAAGCCCUCAUUAACCAUUUCAAUCUGAUGAUAAACAAGUAUUUUGAAGACCAUCAGGUCCAACAAGCAAAGAAGUGCAUUCGAGAGCCAAGAUUUGUGGAAGUUUUACUGCCAAAUAGUACUUUAUCUGACAGAUUUGUUAUUGAAGUGGACAUUAUUCCACAGUUCUCUGAAUGCCAGUAUGAUUAUUUCCAGAUUAAAAUUCAAAAUUACAACAACAAAACAUGGGAACAAAGUAAAAAAUUCUCAGUAUUUGUGCGAGAUGGGACCAGCUCUAAGGACAUUAUGAAAAAUAAAGCUGAUUUCAGAACAUUUAAAGCAGAUUUUAAAACACUGGCAGAGUCCAGAAAAGCAGCAGAAGAAAAAUUCAGAGCAAAAACAAAUAAAAAAGAAAGGGAGGGACCGAAGUUGGUUAAAUUAUUGACAGGAAAUCAAGAUUUGUUAGAUAAUUCAUACUAUGAACAGUACAUUCUUGUAACAAAUAAAUGUCACCCAGAUCAAACAAAACACUUAGAUUUCCUGAAGGAAAUUAAAUGGUUUGCUGUGUUGGAGUUCGAUCCUGAGUCUAACAUCAAUGGAGUGGUCCAAGAUUACAAAGCAAGCCGAGUAGCAAACCUUCACUUUCCAAGUAUAUAUGUAGAAGGGAAAACCACACCAAAUGAGAAGAUUUCUACUCUGAAUCUUUACCAUCAACCAAGCUGGAUUUUCUGCAAUGGCAGGUCAGACCUUGACAGUGAAAAAUAUAAACCCUUUGAUCCAAGUUCCUGGCAAAGAGAAAGAGCUUCUGAUGUCAGGAAACUGAUUUCAUUUCUUACACAUGAAGACAUAAUGCCAAGAGGGAAGUUUUUGGUGGUAUUUCUAUUACUAUCCUCUGUAGAUGACCCAAGAGAUCCCCUCAUUGAGACUUUCUGUGCUUUCUACCAGGAUCUCAAAGGAAUAGAAAAUAUACUGUGUAUUUGUGUACAACCACACAUAUUUCAGGGAUGGAAAGAUCUACUUGAAGCAAGAUUAAUAAAACACCAAGAUGAAAUUUCAAGCCAAUGUAUUUCUGCUUUAAGCCUUGAAGAGAUCAAUGGCACUAUUCUUAAACUAAAAUCUGUGACUCAAUCUUCAAAAAGACUUUUACCAUCUAUUGGUUUAUCGACUGUCCUUCUGAAAAAAGAAGAAGAUAUCAUGACUUCUCUGGAAAUUAUCUGUGAAAAUGAAUGUGAGGGUACACUGUUAGAGAAGGACAAAAAUAAAUUCCUUGAAUUCAAGGCAUCAAAAGAGGAAGACUUCUAUCGAGGUGGCAAAGUGUCAUGGUGGAACUUCUACUUCUCUUCUGAAAGUUAUUCUUCACCUUUUGUCAAAAGGGAUAAAUAUGAAAGACUUGAAGCAAUGAUUCAAAACUGCGCAGAUUCUUCUAAACCAACAUGUACCAAAAUUAUUCACCUGUAUCAUCAUCCAGGCUGUGGGGGAACUACCUUGGCUAUGCACAUUCUCUGGGACCUAAGGAAAAAAUUCAGAUGUGCUGUGCUAAAAAACAAGACAGUGGAUUUUUCUGAAAUUGGAGAACAGGUAACCAAUUUAAUCACCUAUGGGGCAAUGAACCGACAGGACUAUGUACCUGUACUGCUCCUUGUUGAUGAUUUUGAAGAACAAGAUAAUGUCUAUCUUCUGCAGUACUCUAUUCAAACAGCUAUAGCUAAAAAGUACAUUCGAUAUGAAAAACCUCUGGUGAUUAUCCUAAAUUGUAUGAGAUCACAAAAUCCUGAAAAAAGCGCAAGGAUCCCAGACAGCAUUGCCGUAAUACAGCAACUCUCUCCCAAAGAACAGAGAGCUUUCGAGCUUAAAUUGAAAGAAAUCAAAGAACAGCAUAAAAAUUUUGAGGAUUUUUAUUCCUUUAUGAUCAUGAAAACCAAUUUUAAUAAAGAAUACAUAGAAAAUGUGGUCCGGAAUAUCCUGAAAGGGCAGAAUAUUUUUACCAAGGAAGCAAAGCUCUUUUCUUUUCUGGCUCUUCUUAAUUCAUAUGUGCCUGAUACCACCAUUUCACUAUCACAGUGUGAAAGAUUCUUAGGAAUUGGAAACAAGAAGGCUUUCUGGGGCACAGAAAAAUUUGAAGACAAGAUGGGCACCUACUCUACAAUUUUGAUAAAAACAGAGGUCAUCGAAUGUGGGAACUACUGUGGAGUACGCAUCAUUCACUCUUUGAUUGCAAAGUUCUCACUGGAAGAAUUGAAGAAAAGCUAUCACCUGAAUAAAAGUCAAAUUAUGUUGGAUAUGCUAACUGAGAAUUUGUUCUUCGAUACCGGUAUGGGAAAAAGCAAAUUUUUGCAAGAUAUGCACACACUCCUACUCACAAGACACCGCAAUGAACAUGAAGGUGAAACAGGAAAUUGGUUUUCCCCAUUUAUUGAAGCAUUACAUAAAGAUGAAGGAAAUGAAGCAGUUGAAGCUGUAUUGCUUGAAGGUAUCCAUCGAUUCAACCCAAAUGCAUUCAUUUGCCAAGCGUUGGCAAGACAUUUCUACAUUAAAAAGAAGGACUUUGGCAAUGCUCUAAACUGGGCAAAACAAGCAAAAAUCAUAGAACCUGACAAUUCUUAUAUCUCAGAUACACUGGGUCAAGUCUACAAAAGUAAAAUAAGAUGGUGGAUAGAGGAAAACGGAAGAAAUAGGAACAUUUCAGUUGAUGAUCUAAUUGCUCUUUUGAAUUUAGCAGAACAGGCCUCAAGUGCAUUCAAAGAAUCUCAACAGCAAAGUGAAUAUAGAGAGUAUGAAGUGAAGGAAAGGUUGUAUCAGAAGUCAAAAAGGAGGUAUGAUACUUACAAUACCGCUGGUUAUCAAGGAGAGAUAGAAGUUGGGCUUUACACAAUCCAAAUUCUCCAGCUCAUUCCUUUUUUUGAUAAUAAAAAUGAGCUAUCUAGAAGAGAUAUGGUCAAUUUUGUAUCAGGAAGUGGUGAUAUUCCAGGGGAUCAAAAUGAUGAAUAUAAAUUAGCCCUCAAAAACUAUAUUCCUUAUUUAACUAAAUUGGAAUUUUCUUUGAAAAAGUCCUUUGAUUUUUUUGAUGAAUACUUUGUACUGCUAAAACCCAGGAACAACAUUAAGCAAAAUGAAGAGGCCAAAACUCGGAGAAAGGUGGCCGUAAAUUUUAAGAAAUAUACAGAUAUAUUUUGUCUCUUAGAAGAAUCACAAGACAUAGGUCUUGGAUCAAAGUUCAGUGAGCCACUUCAAAUAGAGAGAUGCCGGAAAAGCCUAGUAGCUUUAAAAGCAGACAAGUUUUCUGGGCUCUUGGAAUAUCUUAUCAAAAGUCAAGAGGAUGCUAUGAGCACUAUGGAAGAUAUAGUGAACAAAUAUGCUUUUCUCUUAGAACAAUGCACUGUCAAAAUCCAGUCAAAAGAAAAGUUAAAUUUCAUCUUGGCCAACAUUAUUCUCUCCUGUAUCAAACCUACCUCGACAUUAGUAAAGCCAGUUGAAAAACUAAAAGAUCAGCUUCGAGAAGUCUUGCAACCAAUAGGACUGACUUACCGGUUUUCAGAACCUUAUUUUCUAGCUUCCCUCUUAUUCUGGCCAGAAAAUCAACAACUAGAUCAACAUUCUCAACAAAUGAAGGAGUAUGCUCAAGCACUGGAAAAUUCUUUCAAGGGGCAAUAUAAACAUAUGCAUCGUACAAAGCAACCAAUUGCGUAUUUCUUUCUUGGAAAAGGUAAAAGACUGAAAAGACUUGUUCACAAAGGAAAAAUUGAUCAGUGCUUUGAAAAGACACCAGAUAUUAAUUCCUUGUGGCAGAGUGGAGAUGUGUGGAAGGAGGAAAAAGUCCAAGAACUUUUGCUUCGUUUACAAGGUCGAGCUGAAAAUAAUUGUUUAUACAUAGAGUAUGGAAUCAAUGAAAAAAUCACAAUACCCAUUACUCCCACUUUUUUAGGUCAACUUAGAAGCGGCAGAAGCAUAGAAAAGGUGUCUUUUUACCUGGGAUUUUCCAUUGGAGGCCCACUUGCUUAUGACAUUGAAAUUGUUUAAGGGUCUGAUAUUGUUCCUCCAAGAAUUUGGUCUCAGUACCACCUAAUUUUUUUAGACUCAAGAUCGAUGCUUUAAACUAGCCCCUAUGUUAUAGAUACAGCCCCUAGCUCUUCAGACCUGUACAUGCAGUAUUUAACUUCCUCUUAAACAUGUUAUGAGUCCUACAAAGACAAUAGUGAAAAUGGAAGGAGUGAAAUAUAUGAAAAGCAGCAAAUAUGUUCCUUGGUUUGGUUAACACCAUUGAUGACAAAAUAAUAAGGAGCUAUGACUGGAGUCAGAAGAGGGUUAGUGUAAUAAGCUGGCUACACAGAACCCCACUACUUACCAGGCAUGGAUUGAAGAAGAUUGUCUACUCAAAUGGCAUUUAGACAUUAGAAUGUCUGGGAAAAUAUUUCUCAAAGAGAGCAAAAACCUCUCAAACUGAGUAGCAACAUUUAUUCUUACUAAGCAGAUCAUCAAUGUUUCAUGUACUUGGCACUCAAGGAUCUUCCAAAACAGAGGACCAGCCAGUCUUCUGAAGGUCAUGCUCAUAGAAGUCAUCAGACCUUGCCAAAGUAGGCUGGAGAAUUAGAUUGCCUUUUCAUGCAGUGAGAGUCAGUUAAGCAAAAAUAAAAUUUGUCUCUAUAGCUAAUUAGCUUAUCAACUCCUCUCCAAACAAACAAUUUAAAAAAAAACCUCACACUCAAAUUCCACAAGAUAAUGAACAAAAGGGACUCUUGUGAGAAGACUAAUGAGUCUCUCAUCCAGAAGAUGCCAAUGUACUGGCAGAUUAACAUAUAACCUAUGUUUUGAACAAAAACAACCAGAGAUAUGUAAUCAAAAUGUAAUUUUCCCCUAAUAAAAUUAUGGGUAUGGGCAGUAAUCAACGGCUGCCAAAACCAUUAAGUAGAAAGCUGAUUAAAAAAAAAAAAAAACUUUCUAACGGAUUUCUCAAACUGUCCCAAAUCCUGAUAAAUAUUAACAUCACAGAGGAAGGCCACACAUUAUGGGUCUGGAAGUACUAUAGGAGUGCACAUAUCACCCAUGAGAUGGUCUUGCCAAGUAGUUAAAGCUGAAUUUGAUCAGGUCUCUGGAUCUUAUUUUCAAUUCAAAAGAAAUUAAAAAAAAAAAAUCCUACUAACACCACAACAAAUAUGCAACCAGCAAUAUCCAGAAAGUAGAAAUUCACAGGACAAAAACCUGGUUUAUUCAAUCAAAAAAGAAAGAAAGAAAUUGCAAAGGACCAAAAAAAGGUUAGGGAAUCUAUACAUUAUAAAGGACUUAACAACUAAAGUGCAACACAUAGACUUUAGAUCCUAAUUUGAGCAAAAUCUAAAAUCAAUUAUUAGGCAAUCAGAAAAAUUUGAACACAGACUAGAUAUUUGAGAAUAUUAAGGUCCUCUAUUAUUGAUUUGUUAGAUGGUAUAAUGAUUCUAUGGUUAUGUUUUUUAAAGAGUUCGUGCCUUUCAGAGAUACAUACUACAGUAUUUGUAAAUAAAUAAUAUGAUCUGGAAUUAGUAAUUUUGUGUUUGGGGUGUAGGGGUGUAGGGGUGGUGAAAGGGAAGUAAACCGAAACAAGAUUGGUCCUGAGUUAACAAUGGCUGCAUGCUGGAUACAUGUAUACUUUUCUCUCUCUUACUGAUUGUGCUUUUGAAAUUUUCUCUUGUAGAACAUUUAGAAAACAAAAACAAAAAAAAAUGUGAUUUGUUUCUGUCUUCAAAAUCUCAUUAGAAUUUUUUCACUGGAGGAAGUUUUUCCCUUUCUUCUGCAUAAAAUUUUAACUCCAUAACUUAUGAGCUCAAUCUUUAUUGUUACUUUUUAAUUGACAAAUAAAAAUUGUAUAU